AUGGAACGACAACGGCGCUGUCAACCCGCGCAACUUCUCAGCCUCGGUUACUCCCCCCGAGUCACAAAACUGCUGUCAGCCCAAGCCAUUCUUGACGCACUCGACAGUCUCGUGACGUUCUUCCAGCCCGACGCGUAUGGUUCAACCACGGCGACGCUGUACUUCGGACGCGCCAAGGCAUUCUGCGCCUCCCUUCAUCGUCGCCAUCCUAUUUGCCCGCUUAGUGCACCAGUGGUCGUGGCAUACCUCGACCAUGAAUUUGGAAAGUUCGGCCAUGUCAUUGCUAGCGACCUCCUCAUGUCCAUUAUGCAAGUCCAACUCGCGACCCUACCACACCAUUCGUCUUCUCACCAUGGCCACUUGAUGCAAACCCCUCAGGCCCAUGGUCCGUCAUCAUCGACGACGCCAUCAAAGGCUGCUCAGCCGGUCCACUUGGAGCUACAUGUGGCACGGUUCCACGCGCCCGCAUCCAUGCAGUCCCAACUCAGCUCCCACCCGCUCUGA